AUGCUGCUGUGCGGUGUUUCGGUCGUAAGCCGAACGCUAACGAGAUGGGGACAGAAGUCACACCGAGGAGGUGGCCUCCUCCGCCGGUCCUUCCUGUGUAGCACUAGCCGCUGUCAUGGUGUUUCCGCGGGCGAGGGCAGCAGACAGUCCGCUGAGACGGGCUCUGCUCAGGGACUGUACCGGGACACCGUGCUACUUCCUCGGACGGAAUUCCCCAUGAAACUGGCGGGACAGAAGCUGCUCGACAGGGAAGUGGAGAUACAAGAGAAGAGUGGGUUUUCAAGUUUGUACACCUGGCAAAGUGAGAGGAAAGGCAAGAAGUUUUGCCUUCAUGACGGACCCCCAUACGCAAAUGGAGACCCACACGUAGGACAUGCUCUCAACAAGAUUCUAAAAGACAUCCACAACCGUUUUGAGAUGCUGCGGGGCCGACAGGUCCACUACAUCCCGGGCUGGGACUGCCACGGUCUUCCAAUUGAGCUAAAAGCUCUGGGUGAGCUCGGUGCUGUGGAUCUCAGUCCCCUGCAGAUCAGGCAGAAAGCUCGUGAAUUUGCAAAGGGGGCCAUAGAGCGUCAGAAGGCUGCUUUCCAACGCUGGGGGGUGAUGGCCGACUGGGGACAAUGCUACUACACUUAUGACGGUGCCUAUGAGGCUGCACAGCUGAAAGUGUUCCGGGAGAUGCACAGCAAGGGGUUCAUCUAUCAAGAUUACAAGCCUGUUUUUUGGUCUCCCUCAACAAGAACUGCGUUAGCAGAGGCAGAACUGGAGUACAAUCCUGGGCAUAUCAGCAAGACCAUCUACGCCACAUUCCCACUAGACACACUACCACCAAAGAUGACAUCUAACGAAGGUAAUUCCUACUUUGACAAUGUUUCUGUGCUGGUGUGGACCACGCAGCCUUGGACUAUCCCUGCUAACCAGGCAAUCUGCUACAUGCCAAAUGCCCAGUACUCAGUGAUGAAAAGGAAAGACAACUCCCAACUACUCUUAAUGGCUACCGAGCGCUCUGUCAGUAUCGCGGCAGUGUUAGGAACAGAACUGGAGAGUGUUGUCACCCUCACUGGCUCAGAACUAGAGGGUGGGAUCUGCAAGCAUCCCACUAUUGCCAACAAGGAAGUACCACUCAUACCUGCCAAUCAUGUGACCAUGGCUAAAGGAACAGGAUUGGUCCAUACGGCGCCAUCUCAUGGCAUGGAGGAUUACAGCGUGGCCUCGCAGUUUAAACUCCCUGUGGAGUGUAUGGUGGACGAGGAUGGAAAGUUCACAGAGCUGGCAGGUCCUGAGCUCGAGAAUCUGUCUGUGUUAAAAGAAGGCAAUGAAAAAGUGAUCUGCAUGCUGAAGGAGUGUGGGGCUUUGCUAAAGGAGGAGGAUUGCAUCCAUAGUUACCCAUACGACUGGAGGACAAAGCAACCAGUUGUCAUCCGGCCCAGCAAACAGUGGUUUAUCAACACAGGCUCACUGAAGGACAAGGCAAAAGAGGCAUUGGCAAAAGUUCGCAUUUUGCCCGAGUCCGCAAGGAGCAGCCUUCUGACCAUGCUAGACCGACGCACUUACUGGUGCAUCUCGCGCCAGCGCAGCUGGGGAGUCCCUAUCCCUGUCUUUUACCACAGAGAGACUGGCGAAGCGCUCAUCAACAAACACACAGUGGCCCACAUCGUGACUCUCUUCAAGGAAAAAGGGAGUGACUGUUGGUGGGAGCUACCAAUCGACACUUUACUACCAGCAGAUGUACUCAAGAAGAGUAAAGCAGGACCAGUAAGUGACUACGUCCGCGGAGAGGACGUGCUUGACAUUUGGUUUGACAGUGGUACUUCAUGGGCGGCCGUUCUAGAAGAGACAGACGGCAAGGCAGAUGCCUACGUGGAAGGGAAGGACCAAAUCGGAGGCUGGUUUCAGUCGUCACUGCUCACCAGUGUUGCCGUCAAGAACAAGGCACCAUACAAAUCACUGGUGGUCCAUGGUUUUGCAGUCAGUGAGAAGGGUGAGAAGAUGUCCAAGUCUGUUGGGAAUGUCGUGGAUCCAGAUACCGUCAUCAAUGGCGGGAAGGACGACAGCACACCGGCCUACGGAGCAGAUGCGCUGCGAUGGUGGGUGGCUGAGUCCAACAUAUUUUCCGAGGUUCAAAUCGGACCUUCGGCCCUAAACUCUGCCCGGGACAACAUCAACAAGCUAAGAAAUACGUUACGCUUCCUGCUCGGCAACCUGAACGGCUUUGACCCGCAGACUCAGGCUGUGGACCCCAAACAGAUGUUCUACAUCGACCAGUACAUGCUACACCUGCUGCGGGAGUACAGCAUGAAGGUGACCGAUGCUUACAAUGAGUUUGAUGCUGGCCGAGUUAUACGCCUCCUCCAAGCAUUUAUGACCAGAGACCUCUCCAACUUUUAUUUCAGCAUCAUCAAGGACAGAUUGUACUGCGAAACUGAGGACUCGCUAGGCCGAAGAUCAUGUCAAACUGUUUUAGAGGAGAUUCUGGACGGGGUGACGAGAUCCAUCGCCCCCAUCUUGCCUCAUCUGGCCGAAGACGUGUAUGCACAUACACCAGGACAUGACAAGGACGAAACGCUCUUCAGGAGUGGGUGGCUCAAAUGCAGCUCUGUGUGGAGGCGACCCGGACUGGAGGAGGCAGUGGAGGGGGCGUGCGCUAUCAGGGACUCCUUCUUGUCUUCCAUUCCAGGCAAAAACGCGGCGCAGUAUGACCUCACGAUCGCCAUUGAGCCCGGGCUUCUGUUUGAACUGAUGGAGUCCCUCCAAGAGGAUCCCUCAUCCACUUCAUCACAGCUUGUUGAGCUCAUGAUGUCAGCUCGGGUCAACCUGACCAGCACGAUGCCCCGUGACCUUCCCCCUGAAACGCUCACGAGCCACGGCACAUUCCUCAUCAACUUGGAAGGUGGUGUUAUUCGAGAGGAAAGUAGCUACACCAUAGCAGCGGUGCCCACCUCUGCCGAGCGAUGUCCCCGUUGUCGACGCUACACCACGGAGUCUGCAGACUGCUUGUGCCCGCGCUGUCAGACUGUCGUCACCAAAGCGCAGUAA